CGGUGCAAUCCAUUUUAUAAUCAUUCAGGUAUUGUUCCCGCCAAUCAUAAUAGCAGGCAGUUCUCGCACUUGUUGGAAAUCGCCAACCCACGGAGGUUAUCGAAAAUAUUCGAAUUUUUCCCCAUUGUUUUUGCUUGAGCAAGUUGUAACCACUUUUUCCUCUUUCUUUUUUCACUAUCGUAAAGUUUUGGAUUUCUAAUUUCUUUUUCAAGUAGAAGAAUUAUUUUUAAAGAUGCUUUCUUUGAAAUUACUAUAUAACAGUCCCUUGUCCUCCCUGGUGAAAGGAUGGCGCAAACAGCGCCAGAAAGGGGAUACAGUGACAUCUGCUUUGGAAGAUCCUACUCUAGAGAACGACCCUUUGAGAAAAGAAUAUGUACAAUCAAUACCCGAAUCUCAAUUGUAUAGAGGAGUUCUACUACAAGGAUACCUUGUACCUCCCAAUGUAUUGGAAGGACUGGAUGAUAUGGAAAUAAGAGAAGACGAUGUUUUCGUUAUUACUUACCCAAAAUCAGGCACCACAUGGACAGAAGAAAUCGUAUCUCUGAUCUACAAAGGUGGUGACGUACGCAAAGUAGAGAAAGAACUUUUAGUCUAUCGUGUCCACCAUCUGGAGGUAGGACGACCCCUCGGACACUUGAGAUUUCUGCGCAAAUUGAAGUCACCAAGAUUAAUGGCGACGCACUUGCCACUACCUCUAAUACCCCAACAACUCAGGCAACCAAAAUGCAAGAUUAUUUAUGUCAUGCGAAAUCCCAAAGACACAGCUGUUUCCUACUAUCAUCAUCACAAAAUGAGUACAUUUCUAGGAAACACAACAGAUUCUUGGGACAAAUUCUUGGAACAUUUCAUGGCUGGACACCUUGUCUAUGGAUCUUGGUUCGAUCAUGUGUUACCUUAUUGGGAGUUCUGCAAACAGAAUCCAAAUAACGUAUUCUUUCUCACGUACGAGGAACUCAAAAUGGAUCUUCGGGGCAUGGUUUUGAGGUUGUGCGACUUCUUAGAACGUCCACUGAGCCCACAGGCUGUGGAUGCCAUCGUAAGUCACUGCACUUUCGAGAGUAUGAAAACAAAUAAAAUGGUGAACAGGGAAGUGCUGCCCAUCUCUGAUCUCUUCGAUAUGAGAAGAUCCAAGUUUAUGAGGAAAGGAAUAAUCGGUGACUGGAAAAAUUACUUCACCGAAGAACAAUCAGAAGCCUUCAACAGAUUAUGCGAAUCUCGUAUGUCUCAAAGCGACCUCCAACUCGUCUUUGAACCAGAGGACGCGGACAAUCUCUUCAAAUCUUUCGGGAGAAUCAUCCACAACCACCCAGAAAGAACAGAAACAGAACUGGCGGAGGAGGUCCUGGAAGACGAUGAAGAGUCCGGCCCGAAGUAUUACGAACCUUGGAGCAGCCCACUUCAUGCUUUCUUCCAGGUCUAUCUGCAGUCAGAUCCCCUUACUCUGUGCGCAAACGAUUGACAAUGGAAUAGUUCUCUAGGAAAUAGAAAAUUUGUAUUUACUAAAAGAACUUUUUUUUGAUGUGAACAUAAGCAUACUUCAUUUUGUAUAUUUAACUCAGUUUUUUUGCAGAAACAUCACGGUUUUCUAGAAAACUUCCAAGAAGGUGGCAGAUAAAGAAUAAGGUCCUGCGAUACAAUAAUUGGUAAUGAAAUACAGUUAUAAGUAAUAAAAAAUCAGCAAAAUGCCCUUCGUAGAAAUUUUGAAAGGUAAAGAACUUCAUAUAGUUGUGCACUUUUCAAGGAACGCGGGCGUUUUGGCGGUAUUGCAAAGCAAUUUUUUAAAUGUGCCAAAUAUGAGAGAUGUUUGUGCCAACCAGUAAUAGUUUUUGAUAAUAUCUUUAAUAUGUCAACAUUUAAAAAAAUAUAUUUAAAGGAAGAGCGAUCCUUAUGAGAUUUGUAUUUAAUUGUCAUAUAUUUCGUCAAUGCAGUUUUCUAUUACAGUUAGUAUUAGUAUGAUUAGUGUGAGCAUCAUGAAGUAAAAGUUACUUCAUAAUGUUUUGAUAACAUAAUUUUUUAAUGCAAUCGUUCCAAACUAAACUUCAUCGGGUAUCAUAUUACUGAAUUCUGAUGAGUGAAAAUCUCACACUGAUAAAAAAGGCUCAUCUACUUAAAAAAUAUAAUAGUCAAGUGUCAGUUUUAUUAUUAUUAUUGAAAUAAAGGUAUCCAAGGAACACGCAUCCUUUUCCUUAAUUCAAAAUGAUAAAAAAAAAGUUAGAGAUCAAAGUUUGGCCUAUUAGACAAUGGAGUAAUUUUAGAAAACCGGGGUGGUUAUCACAAUUUUAUCUGUAAAGAAUGUAUGUUGUUUUAGUUUACUGACAAUUAUUAGUUCAUUUCAAGAAAAAAAUUCACUGUUAUGGCAAAAAGAAUUGAUGUUUACUAUCAAUGACAAAUGUUUUCAAGAAUCAACACAAUGAAAGUGCAACAUAUAAAUAUGAUUUCUAUUAAUUUCACUAAAAUAAACUUUGUUCCAAGAUUAUUUUUUUAUUCAAACAUUUAAUUUUGAAUUUGGAAUUUAUGUAAAUUGAAUGAUUAUUGCAUAUCAAAGAAUGCUAAAAUAUUUAUAAAAUAUGAUUAUUAAUUGAAUGUAAAAAUAUCAUUUUUUGGAACUGAAAAAAGAAGGUUAAAAAUUAAAUACUAUGAGUUUUAAAGAAUUGAUUAACAAUAUUUCUAUCCACUGAAUAAAAAAUCAUUUUUUAAAUCGUUUUCCAAGUUAAUUGUUUUUAUUUCUGUGAUAAACAAUAAUAAUUUUUUCCCUCAAAAUCUAUUUACAUAUUUGUUGUAAGAAUAUCAAACAAAAAUGUUUUAUUAAUAUUUAUAUUAAUAAUGUCGAGGAAAAACAGUUCCAAAAAUUACAUUUCUUCAAUUAUUUUUGGCAUCUAAAGUGAACAAUUCUGAAAAUAAAGAAUCAGCUAAUAUUUUUUAGUACUUAUAAUACUUUAGAAAUAGAACUAC